AUGACCAGCUGUGUGGCUAGAGGGCUCAAUGAGGAGUGUGGUGAACCUGCUGGAACGAUCGUGAUGGAAGCCGUUUUGAGGCCGUUCAUCAAAGCUGCCACUAUUCUCGAAGAGCUUGGGCCACGUGCCAAAGGACUCGUUGCUCGUCAGAUGCCGGAAGAAUGCCGAUUCCUAGUCGAGAUGGAGCAGCUUCAGAAUAUCAUCAACGGAACUGAGCCGGAGGAGGCAAGCAGUGAGGAAGGUAUUGACAGCGGUAUGGAAGGCAGUUCGAACAGCACUAUGGAAGGAAGUGCCGAAGGUAGCGGCGGCGAGAGUACCGGCGAAGAAAGCGGUGGCGGUGAAGAGGAGAAGUCUGAGCAGUCGGUCAGAAUUGAGAAGCUUCGCUGGUACAUUUUGAGUGUUCUGGUGUACAAUGUUGCAGCGCAAUGG